AUGCCUUCCCCCACAAAAGGAAAAGAUACCAAUCGUUCUCUCUCAAUCACCAAAACCCUCACUUUCAAUUCUACUCUCUCCAACGCCCUCCGCAGAGUAUCUUCCACUCCCACUUUCGAUCAACUGAAACUCUCACACAUACUCAAUGGUGAGACCUGUCCUCCUAUCUCCUUCUCAGAUUUCGCAGCUUUCGUCUCACAUAAGGAAUACUCUUCCGAGAAUCUUUUGUUCGUCAUAUGGUUUCGAUCUUACCGCUCUCGAUGGGACUCUCUACCUUUAUCAGAAAGAGAAUCGACACCUAUUCCCAAUACAAAAAUGGGCGAUCGUCACCAGCCAUUCGUCCAUAUAGACAAAGCUCUAGCAGAAGGAAAUGUCAUGUCUGCCUCCAGUAGCUCCAACUUGAGCUCCCAACCGGACUCUCCUGGAAAAGGGUCAAGUUCGCCUGACAACCACCAUGCAACACACUCAAGUCCGAAUGAGGAAACUUUCAGACCCUGCCAAUGGGCGCAAGAAGGGACGUGUCGAUGUGACGACUCAACUCAUCUGCAUCUCAAGAAGGGAUUGUUUGGGAGGACUAAGAAACCAGAGAAGCCAGAUAGCGUCAAACCAAUUUUCGUACAUACCCCUCAUCACAUCAAAGUUCCUCCGACGGGAACUGUUUUGCGUGAGCCAAGAAACCAGCCGAUGCGAGAGGAAGCACAGAGGGCGUUUGCUACUUUUCUCAGACCAGGUGGUAGUAGGGAGUUGGGAAUAGCGGAUGAGUUGAGAUUGUUUGCACAGGAAUGUCUCACGAGAAGCACAGCUCCUGAGGUGUUCCUACCCAUUUACGAGGAGGUUUACCAGGUGGUGGAGAGACAAUCUUUACCCCAUUUUCUGUCCUAUGCCAGGACUAAUAUUAAUCGCCCCAAGCGAAUAUUCUGGUUCACCGUCGGCACUAUCGAUCUAUCCAUCGGACUUCUCAUCUAUCUCCUCCUCACGUUACUUCUGCCCCGCCAUCACUUUGCUCUACGUGCUAUCCGACUCCCUUCCGUCAUAUUCGUGGCAUUUGGCUGUAUGCAGCUAUACUCGUCACGAAGAGGUUUCUGUACUCAAGUGUGGGGUCGCAGUUCCCGGCAGGUUCGACCGUGGGAGCUGGACGAUGUGGAGCACGACAAUGAAGCGACUUUGUAUUCUACUGGAACAAUUCAAUCAAACGGCGAUAUCCUUCAGUCAGGCGACAUUCCGCCAGCAACACCAACACUCACCAGUAAUAAACCAGCAGUGAGUGCCAAAGGGGAAGGAUCCGGAUUGGACGUUGUCCCAGAAGUUCACCCAUUGCAAGAUCUGGGAGGUGUCAUCGGAGUGUCUCCGGGGACAGAGAAGAACGACUGGGAGCUUGUAUUUCUUCCCAAGACUUUUCACCUUUCGACAGAAGGGGAACAAUUGGGUAAUAAACCUGAAUUAGAGGCAGGACCUACCGAGAAGGACAGCGUCUCCCACGCAACAUCAGACGAAUAUGAUCAAAGAAUGGCCGCACGUCGGGCAACUCUUCGACCACCUUCACCCAGCGAUGCCUUUCCGAUAUCCGCUACACCCCUUCUGUCUCCUUACUCUAGAUCUGGAAUUGACGUCUCCCUUUCUCCCGCUAGCCCUCUUGAAUCUUCCGACAUCUCCCCGUUCGAUCAAUCCGAGACUGCCAGAGGGCUUAUGUCUGAUGGGCUCUCAGGAAGAAGCCAGCCUGCUGGUCUUUCGUCUCUUCUUGACACUUUUGGACAUACAGACACCCCUCUUGGUCGGGAACCAAGACCCAAGAUCUUCGGACCCGAGACAGUGGUAGAGGAUCCAAGGGUUAAAGAAUUGUUCGAUAGCGUUGUAAGAGAUAUUCUAGUUGUUGGGGGGUUGGUCGGGGCUUCAUGGGUAGCCAUGUGUCUUGCAGUACCUACCGCUGGAUUAGCCUAA